AUGCUACAAAAGGUUUUGCCAAAUGCAAUGUUGAUGGCAAAACCUAAUAUUGAAUCAAGGAUUAGGUUACUAAAAAGGGAGUGGUCAAUCGUCUAUGACAUGCUUAAUGGCCAAAACAAUAGCGGUUUUGGUUGGGACGAGCAUAGGCAGCUCGUUGUUGCUGAAGAUGCGGUUUGGGACUCCUAUUUAAAGAGUCACAAAGAAGCCGCUCAAUUCAGAAAUCGUACUUUCCCUUACUACGACCAGCUUACUACCAUAUACGCUAGAGAUCGAGCAACUGGGAAAGAUGCUCAAACAGCUGCUGAUGUUCUUGAAGAAAUAAAUGCUGAGGGUGUACCUACUACAGGUAUGGAUGAAGAAAGAAACUUAUUCUAUGACUGCGAAGCUGAUGUCUCUUUAGAUGACAUGGAUGUUUCUGCUGCGGAGCCGCGACGAGGUGCAUGGAAGACAAACGUGCGCGGCGUGGAAGGAGAACGUCAUGACGUCUUGCGACAUCUCGUAAGGAGGUCGUUUUGUCUUCAAGACCGAGGCGAAGGGGCUAGGGUUCUUUGA